AUACAAGUCAUGCAACAAGGCCAUUUCCAUGCUCCUUACCCUAUAUAAUGCCUAUUCCAUUCCUUCCCAUCCAUCUCCGUUGCGUUAGAGCAAUCUGUCUUCCUCCGUAUAUAGAAAGCAAGACGACAGCUCCACCUCCUCCUCUCUCCUCUAAUCUUCUAACAGCGACACAGUAGGUAGGGAGAGAGAGAGAGAGAGAGAGAGAGGAAGAUAUGGGAGGAGGAUACGGAGAGGGGGAGGCGGAGGGGCGGCGCUUCGCGGUGCUCCUGUGCGCCGAGGAUUCGGAGUACGUGAAGAAGGUGCAUGGCGGCUACUUCAAGGUGUUCGUGAGCCUGCUGGGGGAGGAAGGCGAGACGUGGCACGUGUACCGCGCGGCGCGCGGCGAGCUGCCCCCCCCGGAGGACGUCGACGCCUACGACGGCUUCGUGAUCUCCGGUAGCUGCAGCGACGCCCACGGCGACGACCAGUGGAUCCGCGACCUCCUCUCCCUGCUCGAGGCGUUGGUCUCCAAGAAGAAGCAGCUCCUGGGCGUCUGUUUCGGUCACCAGAUUUUGAGUCGGGCAUUGGGCGGCAAGACUGGCAGAGCCAAAAGAGGGUGGGAUAUAGGAGUGACCUGCAUCCACCCCUCUCAUUCCACCAUCAAGCAGUUCUCGUCUCUCCACAUCCCCUCUCAUCUUCCUAUCAUCGAGUGUCAUCGCGACGAGGUGUGGGAGCUGCCUCCUAAUGCAGAGGUAAUGGCUCAGUCAGAGAAGACUGGCAUUGAGAUAUUUAGGUAUGGCAACCAUGUAAUGGGAAUCCAAGGCCACCCAGAGUACACAAAGGACAUCCUCAUGCACCUUAUCCAUAGGCUCCUCCAACUUAAUCUGAUUCAGAACUGUCAUGCUGAAGCAGCAAAAGCAAGCGUAGAGGCAGGAGAACCAAACAGAGAGGCAUGGAAAAAAUUAUGCAAGGCCUUUCUCAAGAGCCAACUCUGAUUGAUACUACCCACAAAACCUUCCUAUCUCAAAUUGGAACCAGAAUAAGUUAUCAAUUAUCUCAUCUUACAACUCCAGGAUUUGUACAUAGAUCAUUGUGUAAUAGGUUUGCCUUGUGUAACAGUGCCAGAUUUUAUGGAAUGUUAUCAGCUGAUGACUUACUUCAGAAAAAUUACUUCUUUUGCAU